AUGAGAUUGCGUUUUGGAGGAUUAUUAUGCGGACUGCUUGCAGCCAUGCAGAUAGCAAAAUGCAUAUACAUGACGCAUGAAGAGAUGCUGGCAUGCAAAAGCAGGCCGGUGGGCCACGUGUGCGGAAAGCCCGUGUAUGUGAACACGCGCUGGGGCGGGCACCCGGUGUGCAUAGCGCAGCUUUGCCGGCUGGGGCAUGCGUACAAAAUGCGGGCGUACUCGUGCAAGGUGAACACAAGCUUCAGUCUGUUGCCGGACAGCAAACCGAACAACUACUUAGACAAGCAUAUAUAUACGAGAGAGUCGGAGAAGGACGAGCUGCAUUCGGGAAUGGUUACUAGCGAUGGUGGAUACAGCGUGAAGUUCCACAGGACGCUGCUCCAGAUGUUUGGGCUGCGGAAAUCUAGCGGGCCGGAGUACGACUGCCUGUCGGUUGAGUGCGCGCGACCAGGCUCUUUUAUUCAGUUCCUCCGGGAGGGCUGCAAGACGCAAACAGAUUCGCACUAUGUGCUGGCAGCGCUGUUGCUCCUGUGCGAGGGCGUGGACGUGCCGAUUGAGCUGGCCAAAGAGGGGAUGAUUAUAAGACAAAGAAAAGGCAUCAAUGGCGUGCUGGUUGAUGCCCGCAUAGGAGGGGCAGCUUUAGAUAGCGGGAAAGAGCAGCUUUCCGAGGCUUGGCAGGUGAUAAACUUCUUCAAGCAGUACAGAGAUACACACAAGAUGCCGAGCACGUAUGAGGAAUUCCAGUCGGGUGACUUUCUGGAGAGCCCGCAGCUCCUUAUUCUCACGUACAUAGGCGAGUAUGUGAAAAACGCCGAAGAGCUUAUGUCUGUGAUGAUGUGCGCACUCGAAAUUUUAGACGACAUGGGGCUGGCCGAGAGCAUGGAGGACCCGGACAGCGUGGUCAGCCGACUGUUUGUGCCUGCGAGUCGGCUGCCCGAGGCCCAGGCGUAUCUUGCGCCGUUUCUAGAGACGUUUCCUACUUUAACGGCCUUGGAGCGUUUUGAAGAGUUUAAGCGCUUUCAAAGCGAAGCAGAAGUACAGAAUAAAGCAGAAGAUGCCUCAGACGGGGAGGAGGAGUACUUUGACGCCCGCGGCACAAACUGCAGGUUUAUUGGAGAGUGCUUUCUCUUGCUGUUUCUUGCGUUUGACUCCGACAAAAAAACGUACAGCCUGGAGGGCCUUCUGAGCGGGGGUAAGAAAACGGAGGAGGUGGAAAAAACCAGGGCAUUUUUUGAUGAGCUGCAGGCAUGCAUUGAAAAAAAGUGCUCCUCUUUGGGGUUUCCCAAUAACAGACAACGGGAGAGGUACAGAGACCUGUGGCUCAAGAUGAACACGCAGUUUAAGGAGGCGCUGGGGAAUGCCGCGCCAACGCUUUUAAACCAGAUGCGCGUGCUUGCGCAGAUGACCGGGCGGCCGCAGGCCGUGGUGGACGAGCUGGCAGCGCACCAGGCAGCCAUGGACACCGAAGGAAGCACAGGGUUGACCCCCGAGGCGAUCGAGAGCGUUCAGGCGCUGCUGCGCUCGAUAGCAGUGGACAAGCGCGUGAAAGUGACCAUUAAGAAUCAAUUAAAGCGCGUUUUUUCCGAAAGAUAUCUUCUUACAGUAGAGUAUGCGGAAAUAGGCGAAUUAAGCGAGCAAGAUCUGAGUCUGUCGUUCAGUCAGAAUGGCUUCUCGAAGAUAUCACUGUUUAUGCCACACUUAAGUUAUUACCAUGAAUUGCAGGAAAAGCUGGACGUGGCGCCCGCAAAAUACAGGCAGCAUGAGCGGUUUUCGAGCUUUUUGCUUGCGGAGUGCAUGCACCAGAUGGCGAUAGGGGCAGCCGCGCAGAGCUUUUCACACGCAACAACCAAAGAGUUGCGGGAGGCCGCGAGAAAGGUUGUCGAGCACAGCACGGACAGGCCGAAUGCGGUGCUUUUGGCGCUUCCGGUUGCGGGCAAGGACAUCAGGGAGGAGCUUGUCUCUGCGCUUGUGCUGUAUGCCGAGCACAAAAAGAUUGCGCUGACUCCAGAACACCCAAUAAGCCGGCUGGUUGCAAACGUGAUAGGGAGUAUCAGCCUUGGCCGCGUGGCAGCGCAGUAUAAUAGGGCCUUUGGAGUGCCUGUGGUCACCGGGACUCUGCAUAACUUGUGUCCAAGGGUGCAGCUGUCUGACAAGCUGCAUCGGGGGAUUUGGUGUUCGCAGAAAUUUGCCGACUAUAACAACCUGCAUUCCAUCGAAGAGUCGAAUGUUCUUACAUGCAAAAGCAUGAUGCGGUAUUUCCGAGAAUAUGCCGUGAGGGCAGGCAAGCCGCUGUACAUGUGCGAGAUGCUGAAAGAGGCUGCCGAAGGCUUAAUUAGUUCCGCGUGGACAUAUGUGGCCGAUCCGUGGGAAGUGCUGGAAGAGAUCUGCAUGCUUUUGCAGGCAGAGCACACGGGGAAGGAUUUGCAGAGGGCUGAGGCUCUGAUUGCGCAGCUGCAGCAGGCCUGGGAGGAACGCUUCCGGUAUAUGAAGAGGCUGCCGAAAAUACAGUGUAAGGCUUCUGCCAGAAGUGAUUUGAGCCAGAAAUGA